AUGAACCUUUCUUUGCUUCUCCGCCUCUUUUUUUUCUUCUUCUUCUUCUUUGUAAUAUUUGUCGAUGGCCAAUGCCUCGAUGAACAAAAAAAGUUGUUACUUGAUCUCAGGAGUGAAUUCGAAUAUAAUUCUUCCAUUACACAUACUUUUGUGAAUUGGAAUGAGACAGAUGAUUGCUGCAGAUGGUUCGGCAUAGAAUGUGAUGACUCCGGUCAGGUUACCAGUUUGAGCAUCAACCCUCUACAAAAUCCGGGCGUCUCUGGCGAAAUUGGUGAGUCAUCAACCCUUUUCCGGUUGACAUACUUGUCAAAGCUUGACCUCUCAAACAAUGAUUUCAGCAAAAGUGAGAUUCCUAACCAAUUCCAUCACCUCCCAAAUUUGAAUUACCUAGCUUUGUAUAACUCUAGUUUCAUGGGACCAAUUCCAUCCACGCUGGCUAAUCUAACUCAGCUAGUUGAACUCUACUUAUCAAGUAACUUCCUAACUGGUUCGAUUCCUUCAUUUCAUAACUGCAAGAAUCUUGAAUGCAUAGACCUUAGUUAUAAUAAUCUUAGGGGCUCACUUUCUCACUUGCAUUUUCAAGGUCUUAAAAACCUUAAACGUAUGGAUUUAAGCCACAAUUCAUUGAACGGCACCAUUCCUCACCAUGUUUUUGUUCUGCCCUCAAUUCAUGAUCUUGAUCUAUCCAACAACCAAUUCAGUGGAAAAAUCACAGAAUUUCCCAUAUUAGACCACUCUAACCUCUAUCAGCUAGAUAUGAGUGGUAAUAGGGGUGUUCGAACCACAGGAUAUCCCAUCAGUUCAGACGACUUUAACCACUAUCAGAUAAAUUUGAGUGGCAAUAGGAUUGGAGGUCCUAUUCCGAACUUCUUCUUCCAGCUUCGAAACGUAUCAAGUCUCAUUCUCUCUGACAACUUGUUCAAUGGCACUUUCAAACUGGAUAAGAUUCAAAAAAUUUCGGAACUUAGACUUUCUAACAACAACUUGUCAGUUGACACAACGGACAUGAGUCCAAGUUCGGAUGGAUAUCCAUAUUUAAGAAGGCUAGAUCUGUCAUCUUGCAAUUUGUUCGAUUUCCCAGAUCUUAGAAAUUCAUUCAGGUUGUCAUUUUUGGACCUCUCAAACAAUUUUUUAGGAGGGUAUAUUCCAAGCUGGAUUUGGGAGAUGGAAUCUUUGGGUUAUUUGGACCUUUCUCAUAAUCUUCUGACAAAUUUUCAGAAGCCUUAUCAUAUCCAACCUUCUCUACUGUCACUAUACUUAGACUCUAAUCUCUUGCGCGGUGACUUUCACUUGCUUUCACAACCUAUCCAAGAUGUUUAUUAUCUUGCCAGGUACGUGUAUCUUGCGAACAAUAGCAUGACCGGAGUAAUUCCAUCCUCCAUCUGCAGUUUCCCUCAACUUCUUGUUCUUGACUUGUCUUUAAAUAACUUAAGUGGUAGCAUACCUCCUUGCUUGUUGAAAAUUCGUCAUUCCCUAACAGUGUUCAAUAUUAGGAGAAACAAUAUUAGUGGUGUUAUCCCAAAUGCAAAGAGAGGGAAUUGUACCCUAGAAACCUUUGAUGUUAGUGACAACAAUUUAGAAGGAAAGAUUCCCAAGUCGUUGGCAAAUUGUAAUGAAUUAGCAGUGAUGAAUGUUGGGAAUAACAACUUUGAUGGUAACUUCCCUUGCAAGGCGCUCCCGGUGAGCUUGAAGGUUGUUGUGUUGCGUUCCAACAGAUUCCAUGGAGAGUUGAAAUGUGGUGAGAGUUGGCCCGAUCUUCAAAUUCUGGAUAUAUCCUCAAAUGAUUUUAAUGGCACUCUAUACCAAUUAAACUUCUCAAGUUUAAGAGGAAUGAUGCUAAAAAGUCAGGGACAUCUAAGGCCUAACCGUUCAUCCUACGAAUUUCUGGGUUACCACAGUUUUUACCAAGAUGAGGUGCCAUUAACAGUCAAAGGGACUGAGGUGGAGCUUGUGAAGAUUUGGCCUGACUUUACAUGCAUUGAUUUGUCAUCCAAUCGUUUUGAAGGAGAAAUACCAGAUGCAAUUGGUAAUCUCACCUCACUCUAUCUUCUCAACUUAUCCCACAAUUCUCUCACCGAUGCUAUCUCAAGUUCAUUGGGUGCCUUGACAGAGCUUGGGUCGCUCGACCUCUCCUCAAACAAGCUCACUGGGAGAAUACCAGAUGAGCUUACAAAAAUCGAUUUCUUUUCAUUCUUGAAUCUGUUUUACAAUCAUCUCACUGGACCCAUCCCAACCAGCAGCCACUUUCAAACGUUUACAGCAGAUUCAUUUGAAGGAAACGCGGGGUUAUAUGGAUUCCCACUCAACAGAAGUUUCACCAACCCUCAUCGACCAUCAGACGAUUCAAAACCAAAAGAUGAGGAGAUUGAGUGGGAAUAUGUGUUUGUUGCUUAUGGGUAUGUUGUGGGAAUAGGAAGCUUCGUACGGACAUUGUUAUGUUGCAGGAGCUUGAGAGAAAGAUACUUUGAGAUGAUAGAAGAGGUUGCUGACAAGAUAUUCUUUGAGAGAGGAAGGAGAAAAAGACAUGAAAUAAGAGUAAGAAGAAGAGAAGAGAAGAGAAGAGAAGAGAGGAGGAAUGGGCUUAGGAGACAUCAUCAGGGGCUCAACGACAUCAAACCACGAAGACAUGAGUGA